GGCCUCGCGCUGUCGCCGCGGGAGAGUCUGUAGCGCGUGUGCUGGAGAUGCAGCCUGGACUAAUGCAUUAACGUUAAAUGCCCUUGUCGCGUUUGUGAACGUGCAUCGGGUGUCUGCUAGCGUAAUCAAACGUGCAAGUGCUGUUUAACCGUACGGCGCUGUCAUCAGGUGAUCGAAACGAAGUAUUGCAACAUUGCACGAGUGGAAAGGUGACUCUGUGCUCGAUCUGCUCUGAUGGUGGCCUAAACCUGCGCCAUUGGGCUCUGCUCUAUGCAGUGAUCCUCAUCUCAUGCAUCCAUUCACGCCCAUUGCAUUGUCUUUUGCUCACUCUCAUCUAGUUUCUUCUCGGAGAAAUGCUCGCGUGCAUCAGUGUGUUUAAGGAGCAGGCCUGAUUGUAAUGUGUGUGUGUGAUGAUGGAAGUGUUCAUAUGUCCGCGAGCAUCUGGCCAUUUUGAGAUGAUCGGCUGUUGCGCUGUAGUUAGAAGAUAAUGUGGAUUUUCUGCAUGCACGGUGAAAGCAGGAGGAAUGUCAUUUGACUUUGACAUUUUGGAAAUGCAACAAUGGCUGUUCCUCCAACAUAUGUAGACCUGGGCAAGUCUGCCAGGGACAUCUUCACCAAAGGAUAUGGUUUUGGUCUCAUCAAGUUGGACUUGAAGACGAGGUCAGAGAAUGGAUUGGAGUUCAAGAGCUCCGGCUCGGCUAACACAGAGACCAGCAAGGUAGCAGGAACGCUGGAGACCAAGUAUAAGUGGGCAGAACACGGCCUGACCUUCACUGAGAAGUGGAACACCGACAACACUCUGGGCACGGAGAUCACUCUGGAGGACCAGCUGGCUAAAGGGCUGAAGUUGACGUUUGAUUCCUCCUUCUCUCCGAACACUGGCAAGAAGAGCGGGAAGAUCAAGAGCGGCUACCAGCACGAGCACAUCAACCUGGGCUGUGACGUGGACUACGACAUCAAUGGCACCGCGGUGCACGGAGCCGUGGUCGUGGGCUUCGAGGGCUGGCUGGCCGGAUACCAGAUGACUUUCGAGGCUGGGAGGAACCGGGUCACCCAGAGCAACUUCGCCGUGGGCUACAAGACCGAUGAGUUCCAGCUCCACACAAACGUGAAUGAUGGAACAGAAUUCGGUGGCUCCAUUUACCAGAAAGUGAACGAUAACCUGGAGACAGCGGUCAACCUGGCCUGGACCGCCGGCAACAGCAACACCCGCUUUGGCAUCGCGGCCAAGUAUCAGAUCGAUGCCGAUGCUUCCUUCUCGGCCAAAGUGAAUAACUCCAGCCUCGUCGGCCUGGGAUAUACUCAGACCUUGAAGCCUGGUAUUAAGCUGACCCUUUCUGCUCUUCUGGAUGGGAAGAACAUUAACGCAGGUGGCCACAAACUGGGUUUGGGUCUGGAGUUCGAGGCGUAGGAAGCUGAGGAUUGCACUAAUCCUGACUUGAUUUUUCUUUCUUUUUUUGAAUACCUAUCCUCACACACCUUGUUUCUCUUAGAUGCCCUGCCCAAGGAAGCGCACUAUACUCGGUCAAAUAAUGCAUUAGUGAUGCUCACUUCUUCAGAGAAGUGUAUUUACUAGAUCACACAGAAUGAAAGAGGAGCAUUUGCAAAGUUAUAUAAAUGGCUUGAGAAAUGUAUUUUCACCACACUCAAUGUUAUUUAUUACAGUGUUGAUCAUGACAGAAUAUUUAAUUUUUGGGAAGGCGUUGGGUAUAAACGGAGACGUUUACAUCAGACAACACUAAUAUUAGGCCGCAACAUUCCUGACCUGCGGUUUUCACCCCAGCAAAGCUUGAAGGAAAGGACCCGUAUGUAACAGAUGACACUCGCAGCCCGUCACGUCUUUAGUUGUAGACACCAGACUUUUGGGUGCGUUUUGUGUUUUUGUCUCGUCUGUGUGAGUGAAACCGCACCUGUAUCUUGUCCGUCAUUGUUUUCUCGCUGCAUACUGCCUGUACCUUUGAUGACAAAACACUCUCAGCUCUCCCUGAACUAAAGGAGCUUCUGACGUAUCGGGGAGAGCAGAAAAGAUCUGGAUAGGUGGAUGUAGUCUUCCGUUUUUAAAUGUAGGAUUAGAAUACUGUGGAUUUAGCAGUAUGGAUACUUUCAGUUGAAUAAAACAUUUCACCCUGGACCACACUA